AUGGAGCCCGUGGGUGCCUGGGGCCCUGCGCGGGUGGCCGCCUGGCUCCGAGGGCUGGACGCGGCGGUGCAGGGGUACCCCUUCGAGGGCUGGGGGCUGGCGGGGCCCGACCUGCUGGGGCUGUCGGUGGGGACCCUGGAGGCGCUGGGCGUGUGGCGCCUGGGGCACCAGGAGCUGCUGCUGGAGGCCGUGGAGCAGCUCCGCGCCCUGGACGCGGGACUGGCAAGCACCAGCCUGCGGACGCUGACGGAGAGGCUGCGGGAGCUGGCACAGGGCACCCAGAGCCUGGUGCUGGGGGGGCCGCCGGCGGGUGCUGCCCCCCGGCCGCCCCCUCUCGCCCUCCUGGCCUGCGUCGUCGAUCUGGUCGGGGCCGCCAAGGAGCUUUUCUCUUGGCUCAACAGGUACCUCUUCUCCACCCUCAAUGACUUUUCGGCCAGUCGGGACAUCGUCCUGCUCUGCACCCAGCUGGCAGAGACGCUGCAGGCGGACUGUCCCGCGGCCAAGAGGGACAGUCGGAUCCUGUGGAUUUGCCAGCACAUCGUGGGCAUCUGUGAGAGCAUCGUGGGCUGCAGCCCCCCGGCGCUGCUGGACCGCAGGGCUGUGCUGCAGCGCGUGGGGCUGGCGCUGCCCCCCGGCCUGCGGGGCAGCCCCCCAAUGUCCCCUGACCCACCGACGCUGCCCCUUGGCCUGGGGGGGAGCCCCCCAAUAUCUCCAGACACCCCAAUGCUGCCCGCCAGCCUGUGGGGAAGCCCCCUGACGUCCCCUGACACUCCAACACUGCCCUCUGUCUCGCUGGGGAAUGCCCCACCACUCCCCACUGCCCCGCUGGGCCUUGAGAUCACCUCCACCAGCUCCUGCCUGCACUUUGUGUCUGCCACCACCUCGGAGGCCCUGGCCACCCAUGGGGGCCGCAUCCUGCCCGGAGACGAGAUCGUGCAGGUCAAUGAGCAGGUCGUGGUGGGUUGGACACGCGUCAACCUGGUGAAGAAGCUGCUGGAGAAGGCGAGCGGGGUGACGCUGGUGCUGAAGAAGAUCCCCCUUGACCUGCCCGGCUCGCCCCCCUCUCCCAAGCAGCAGCUCCCAGGAGCGUUUUCAGAUGCUGCGGAUGCCCCUGGCACCGGGAGCGGCGAGUGCCCGGACAGCCCCGUGUCUCUGACCUCCAGCGCUGCUGCCGACUUGGACUCAGGACCAGACUCGGUGCCGGACCCCGUCACUGACGAAGAGGACGGAGAGGACGAGCAGCACUCGAGGCUGCCCGGGGUGCCCGUGGGGCCGCUGCCAGGGCUGCCCAGCCAGGAGGAGGCAGCGUGGGAGAGUGGCACCUCGCUGGGCACCCCGCCGGGCACCCCGUGCUCCCCAGGCACCCUUGCUGCUGCCAGACCCUGCACUGCGGAGCUCAGCCCCACGGCAGCCCCCGCCACAGGGGCUGGGGGCACAGAGCCCAGCCAGCUCCCUGGGGAGGGCAGCCCCCAGACGGGACAUAGACCAAAAGGAGUGGCGACCAGGCUGAGCCGCCGGCGGGUCUCGUGCCGGGACCUGGGCCGGGUGGACUGCGAUGGCUGGCUCCUGAAGAAGAAGGACCACGUGGGCUUCAUGGCCCAGAAGUGGAAGCGGUGCUGGUUUGUGCUGAAGGGCCACACGCUCUACUGGUACCACCACCCCAACGAUGAGAAGGCUGCAGGUCUCAUCAACGUGGCCACCUAUGACCUGGAGAGCACGAGGGAGCAGAAGAAGAAAUACGUGUUCCAGCUCUCCCAUCAGAGGUACAAGCCCUUCAUUUUCGCCGCAGAAACACUGGCUGAUUUGAGCAUGUGGGUCAGUCACCUGAUAACAGCCAAAACGAAGUACACGCUGGCCCACCAGUCAGUCCCAGACAGGGAGGAAGACUGCUACAGCGAGACAGAAGCCGAAGACCCCGACGAGGAGUCCCCCAGGCACGGCUGCGACUCGCCAAAGAAAAGGCUGCAAAACGCCCCGGAGAAAGUCCAGCUCUUCCCAGCCGGUGGCGAGCCCAGCAGCACAGCCAGCAGCCCCCAGGGCAGCCCCCGGUCCGGCUCACCCAUGGACCCCGCCGGGGAGGAUCUCGAGUGCCUGAUGCGGUGCCUGAAGCAGGGAGGGGUGUCCCUCAUCGGGCAGCAGCGGUUCCUGACGCAGGAGCAGUGCCGCAAGUCCUUCAUCCGACGCAACAAGAACCCCCACAUCAACGAGAAGGUGCACGCAGUGCGGGCUCUGCAGAGCACGCUCAAGGCGAAGCUGGCGGAGCUGCAGGCCCUGGAGCUGCUGCUCAGUGACACUGCGCUCACCUCCGAGAAGUUCACGCACUGGAAGGAAGAGCACCAGGAGCUGUACCAGGAGCUGCAGGAGUGGUGGGCAGGGCGGCAGGGCCAGGACCCCGCCGGGGGGCUCAGGGCCGAGCAUGGCCCCCCCGAAGAGGCGGCCGAACCCUGA